AUGGAUUAUACCAAUAUACGAACCCAGGCCAUUAGUUCUACAAAUGUGGCAAAUGAUCCCCAGUGGAAGCUUAUCUCGCGGCUUGUAGAGGCAGAAACGGUCUUGGCUAAUGAUGAAAAUCCCGAUUUCGACAACCACCUAAAAGCAAUCCACGCUGACUCCAACUUUCCCAAAACUCGUCACAAUGAAAACCAACUUCAAUGGUACAUGCGGAUUCUCUACUAUGAUUUAUUCACCGACUACCACUCGUUGUUUGCGCCAAUCGUGUCAACUCCAAAACUUCUUGACCUCGUGAGCAAAAAACUCACCGUUAUAACCAAUGUUCCUGACAACAUAUCCUUAGACCCCCAACUCUACCACGCACUAUUGGAUCCUAUUUUCGUCAAAAUGGCCCACUAUGUCAUUCUCGCCGACGGAGACUUUAGGAGACAAGGAAUCAUAGCUAGGCUCAAAGAAUUGAUGCCACCAAUGGACCCCAUCACCAGCAAGUGUCUCCAACUUGUUGGCGAACGUAAAUUUGUUCCGCUAGAUUUGUGGUCCCACGCCAUGGAAGUGUUCGACGCCCCGAUUACUCGGCGCUUGAUCAAAUCCCAUCGACUGGUGUUGCGAUACAACCACAUAGAAACCAAUAUUCUGUGUCUUCCGCGAUACUACGAUAAUAUAACCAUUGAAAAACUCCCGCAACUUUUCAACGAGGAUAUUGCAAACUUGGAAUCGGUGGUCAAUUCCAUGAUCGUCUCGGGAAAACUUCCUGACGGCACCCGAAUCGACCAGUUGCAAAAUAUAAUUGAGUUUCGAGACCUGCGACCAGCAUCUACCAACGCCAAAAGUGCUCGGGUUUGCAAGAUGGUGGAUGCCAUAACACGAAUGAUUGAAUAA